UUUGCAAAUUAGUGAAAAGCAGACAGUGCUAUUAAAAAUAAUUCCUCAUUUCUUACGUCAUCCCCACACUAAGUUGUAAACAAAAACAAGCCAGUGCAAUAAAUAGUUCGUAGUCGUGAGAUCGGCAUCAAAUUAUAAUCAGUCUUAAGCCAGCGGCGAGCAUGAUAAUACAAAUGAUGCCCUCUGGAUUACUCGUCUUUGCAUUUGCAUUGUCGUUGGCAUCUGCAUCGCCGAAGGGCGAUAGUCUCCUGGAAUUACGCAAGUUGAUGAGGCAGCAGGAUGAGAGCUCCAGCAUUGCCGCCACUGAGCAGUUCAACAAGGACAUUGCCGAUUGGGCGAAGGGACUGGAGCAGUUGGGUCUGGAUAUGGCCGAAUUUGUGGAGAAAUGCCGACUCCCUGGAAGUCAUUGCCAGCAGCGGCGUGUCCUGCGGCAGCUGCGAGUCCUUCGACGUGGCUACACGGAUCUGAGAGCCCGCCUCGAGGCCCUGGAGGUAAAAUACGUGGACCGGGUUUCUGAUCAAAACGCUAUGGAUGACUCACUCCGUAAGACCAAGAAUGUACUCAAACAGUACGAUGAGGCUUUCAAAACUAUUAAUACUAAAACCUAUAAAUUGGUCGAUCAGUAGGAUGACUUUUAAUCAAGAUUAAUAAGUAAUAACAGGUUUACGAUACUAUUUUAUAAGAAAAUAAAACAUCCAUUAAAAAUGAAA